AUGAGCUUUCAUGGACAACAUGUUCUGGUUACUGCAAGUGCCGGUGGCAUGGGCUCGGAAAUCUGCAAGUUGCUUUUAUCUUUAGGUGCUAAAGUUUCAAUGCAUUAUAAUAAAAACUGCGCAUCUUUGCAAUUCUUAUUAAAUGAAUAUCCAAACACAACAUAUGCAUUAUCAGUGAAUGCAGAAAAUGAAGAAGAAAUUGUAAACGGUAUGGAAAAAAGUUAUGAGAAAUUCGGUGUUAUUAAUAUUAUAAUUCUUCCUCAUAUUGUUUACGUGACAGAUGAUAUUCCAAUAUGGGAGAUGUCAUUAGAACAAUGGAAUAAAACAUUAAACGUUAAUUUAACAUCUUACUUUUUAUAUACGCGUGAGUGGUGUAAACAACUAAUAAAACAUAAACCAACACUAUCGACUGACAAAGAUAUAAAUUCAUUUAAUGCAAAUAUUAUUUAUAUUGGAUCUGCAGGAGCUAAGUUUGGCGAGGAAAAUCAUAUAGAUUAUGCAGCUUGUAAAGGUGCAAUUCAUACUGCUUUUCUUCAUACGGUGAAAAAUGAAAUUGUUAAAAUAUUUCCAAAUGCUCGAGCUAAUGUUAUUUCACCUGGUUUGACUCUUACUCCAUUGACAAAACAAAUAAUUGACAAAAAUUUGCAUUCAAACUUUAUUCGAACACAAACAUUACACAAAGUAGCCACUCCAAAUGAUAUUGCACAAGCUUGUGCAUUCAUGGCAUCAAAUGUAACGGCGAAUCAUAUAACUGGACAUAUUUUAGACGUUGAUGGUGGUCAAAAUGAUGUGAUAAAAUGGUAG